CAGGGUGUCCCGGCGCGCCACCCAUUCAUUUCAUUAUCUCCGGCAAAUUUUUGGGGGAGGGCCAGAAGUCGGAGCGCGCACCCGAUUUCGCAGUCAUGACGAGCCGACUUUGGCGAACGGGGUAAAGACCAAUUUCACCCGGCCUCCUCCAUCUCCCACUUGCUCGGUCACCAACACGAAAAGGGAGAGAGAGAAAAAAAGGCUUGUGAAAGCUCCUUCCCCUCCCCUACCUUUCUCUGCCCACAACUUUCCUCCUUGUCGCGCCACCUAAGUUGCCGACUGGAUGACCGCAGCAUCUUUCCCAAGUUCCGAUUUCUCCGAUCAUGCACGCUGGUCCUCAAUGACUGCCAUCCACAAGGCCACCGGAGGUCAGGACCACGACAGAUUCGACCCUGAUGAUUCUUUUCCGAUGGCGCGCAUAGUUCCGCCCAAGGAUACCGGCAGUGGAGGAGGCGAUGAUGAUAUCACGGCGCCGCAAAAGAUGAUCUCGGCCAUGUCAGGUAGUCUUUUGACAUCGCUUCUAGUGACGCCGCUCGAUGUUGUCCGAAUCCGAUGGCAAUCCCAAAACGUCACGCCGCCGACGGUCGAUUUCUCAAGGCUUGCAAUGACGACCGACACCCUGAAAACAUUCAACACGUCCAAUCUCGGAGUUACCGCAUGCUGUCGGGAAGUGUUCUUCAUGAACAACAAUUCGGAGCUAUGCCUUGCGAUACCUCGCGCUGCAGAAGGCGUCGCGGCCGCCGCGGCUGCCGACUGUGCCGUCGAAGAAGUCGAACGAAAGACAAUCAGCUCGACUAUGGACGGAUUGAGGAAGAUUGCGCGGAAUGAGGGGUUCACUAGCCUUUGGAGGGGCCUUUCCCCGACCUUGCUGAUGACGAUUCCCGGCAACAUCAUCUACUUUACCGGUUACGACUGGCUGCGAUACAACAGUAAGAGUCCAAUUGCGCAACAGUUUAAUGACGAUACCGCGCCAUUGGUCGCCGGUGCGGGAGCCCGCAUCCUGGCUGCCGCCGCCGUGAGUCCGAUCGAGCUUGUCCGCACACGAAUGCAAGCAUCGACCGGCAACUCGACCACGGGACAUCUCGCAAACGCGUUCCGAGACAUCAAGGAGAUGGUCGGCAACAGUGGCUACACUUCCCUGUGGAGAGGACUGACCUUGACACUGUGGAGGGAUGUGCCCUUCUCGGGCCUGUACUGGUGGGGAUACGAGACGAUCCGGGGCAAAUUGACCGACAUGCGAGAGACCCGCCGCGGCCGGACGCUGGAGACCAGAGGCUCGCGAACCCAGGCACGACGCCGGUCUCAGAGCCAGGAGAAUCACACGGAAACCAUGACGGACAGUUUCAUCGCUGGUGCCGUGUCCGGCGGAUUUGCGUCGAUGGUGACGAUGCCAUUCGACGUGGGCAAGACUAGAACGCAAGUCUAUCGCGACUCCCCACGUCAGGCUCCCGGGGCCAAGGCGGCUGCAGCUGAGCAAGGCUCUAUGGUGCGCUUGCUUUGGCACAUCUUCACGACCGAGGGAAUCGGGGGUCUAUGGAAAGGAUGGAUCCCUCGGACCCUCAAGGUCGCCCCGGCCUGCGCCAUCAUGAUCAGCAGUUAUGAGGUCGGCAAGCGGGUGUUCAGGGGUGUGAACGAGAAGUCCAGAAGGGACACGGACUAAGUAUUGACGUAUCACAACUCUUCCAUUUCGAGCAUUGUUGGGCGUUGAGCGGGCUGCUAUUGACGAAAGGGGAAGAGACCUUGGGCCUGGAGUUUGCACGCCAACAAGGCAUUGUGGCGGUCUGGUUUCGAAACUGGGAAACAAAACAAAAAACGUGUACAUCUAGAUAAAAAUGUAAUGAUACCUCCCUUCAAAGUGGACACCUUGAAAUCUUGAUCCUGGGCCCUGAAGUUGAAGAUAGUUUCAACCCAAACGGGAGACUCUUAGGGUGACAGGACUCAGUAUCCAAUAACGAAU